ACAGGCCAUCCGUAUCCCAACCAAUCUAGCCCUGGAAUCGAUCUACCAUGCCUUUUACUGACAUGUAGUAAUCCACAGAGGACGGAUUUUUUUACGCAACGCUUACAUAUUUCAAGCUGUGUGUAGUGUGUAAUUUCAGGACUGUGUAAUAUCAGUUUGAUCGUGUAAACUACUUGCAUGUGAAAAAUACUCACAUGACUUUGUUUGGACUACACUGACCUUGGAUGGUGAGAUUGACCCGAUAUUUUGAUUGACACGUGUUUUUCACGAUGUUCGUUGCACCCCUUCCUACAACAAUGUCAACACAGGUGAUUUGUGCAAUCAUGUAUGAUAAUCUGAUCAACUGUGUUCUGGGCAAAUGAACCACCAGCAAUAAAACAGAAGUAUGGAUUCAAAGCCGAAAUUCAUCAAUGGAAACACCCCGACUACGGGCUCGGAAAAUGGUUCUGAUAUAGAUUCUGAUAUCGCAGCGCCUCCUAUGCCAUGGUUUGGUCUGGACAUUGGAGGUACGCUGACAAAACUUGUAUAUUUUGAGCCGACUGAUAUUAACACAGCGGAGGAGGAAGGGUAUAAAGAAGUGGAAACGCUACGCACUAUUCGCCAUUAUUUAACUUCCAAUACUGCGUAUGGGAAAACUGGUAUCCGGGAUGUGCAUCUGACAAUUAAACAAUUUGAAAUUCAUCAACGUGUGGGAAAUCUACAUUUUAUACGUUUUCCAACAAAUGACAUGCACAUAUUCCUUCAGAUGGUGGAGGCCAAGAAACUUUCCAGCCUGGCAGACACGAUAUGUUCUACAGGGGGUGGGGCUUUUAAAUUUGAACAAGAAUUUAAAGAUGUUGUAAAUAUGAGAUUAGAAAAGUAUGAUGAGCUAAACUGUCUUAUAUCUGGGAUCCACUACAUUGAUAGUAAGAUACCCAAUGAGUGUUAUUAUUGGAGCAAUCUGGAUCCAUUCAAUAGCGAAGCCUGUGAAAAAGUACCAUUUGAUUUCCGUGAUCCGUAUCCGUACCUUGUGGUCAAUAUCGGUUCCGGAGUCAGUAUACUUACUGUGCAUUCCAGACAUAAAUUCCAGAGAGUUAGUGGGACAAGUCUUGGAGGAGGUACAUUCCUUGGACUAUGCUGCCUUCUAACUGGCUGUCAGACAUUUGAAGAAGCCAUUGAGAUGGCUGCCAGCGGUGAUAGUACUAAAGUGGAUAAGCUGGUACGAGACAUUUAUGGAGGAGACUACGCAAGAUUUGGUUUACCAGGAUCUACCGUAGCUAGUAGCUUUGGUCACAUGAAUAUUAGUGAGAAGAGGGAUGCGGCAACUAAAAAUGAUUUAGCGAGGUCAACACUAGUGACGAUCACAAAUAAUAUUGGUUCUAUAGCUAGGAUGUGUGCUUUAAAUCAUGGUAUUGAGAGAAUAGUGUUCGUUGGUAACUUUCUGCGUGUUAACCCAAUAGCAAUGAAGUUAUUAUCAUAUGCAAUGGAGUAUUGGUCUAAAGGUGCUCUCAAAGCUUUAUUCCUGGAACAUGAGGGUUAUUUUGGAGCUGUUGGUGCUCUAAUGAAGCUAAUUUCAACUAAAAGUGACCAAAAGGAUAAGAGCGAGCCAUCCCAGUUUGAAGUCUAA